AUGGAUGUUGAAGUGACAAGAGUCGAUCGCGAACGGGGAAACCUACUAAUAAUCGCCAACCCAAAUUACCAGACUCUGGUUGAUUUGUAUGAUCAGCUCGAGGGAGUAAGUAUGGAGGACAACGAUACUAAGCCCCUUCUACCAGUACAUCUCAUCCUGGGCGCAAGCGC